GGAAGAAGGCUUCUUCAAAUCCUGCCAACGGACUGAAACACAGCGCUCGGCAGUGGCUACGUGCUUUCCAAGCGACACAAUGGAGUUUCUCUUCCACACAAAUGUAAAGAAAGAGCUUUUCUGCGCGCUCUGUGCGCUCCUCCUCCUCCUCGCCACGGCCACUUCGGCAGAGGAAGGCGCUAAUGCGAAAAACUCCCAGUGUCACAACUACGCGGGAGGACACGUCUAUCCUGGAGAGGCUUUCCGAGUGCCAGUGUCUGACCAUUCCCUGCACCUCAGCAAAGCCAAGAUUUCAAAGCCUGCACCACAAUGGGAAGGAACAGCCGUCAUUAACGGUGAAUUCAUGGAGCUGAAGCUGUCAGACUACAGAGGCAAAUAUAUUGUCUUUUUCUUCUAUCCCCUGGACUUCACGUUUGUCUGCCCGACUGAGAUCAUCGCAUUCAGCGAUAGGGUGCAUGAGUUUCUUGCCAUCAAUACAGAGGUAGUCGCCUGCUCUGUCGACUCCCAGUUCACCCACCUGGCCUGGAUCAAUACACCCAGGAAGCAGGGUGGACUUGGACCAAUGAAAAUCCCUCUGUUGUCAGACCUCACUCACCAGAUUUCAAAAGACUAUGGAGUCUACCUGGAGGACCAGGGACACACAUUGAGGGGACUCUUCAUCAUCGACAACAAGGGCAUCCUGAGGCAGAUCACCAUGAACGAUCUUCCAGUGGGAAGAUCUGUGGAUGAGACUCUACGGCUGGUGCAGGCCUUCCAGUACACUGACAAACAUGGAGAAGUGUGUCCCGCAGGAUGGAAACCAGGCAGUGACACAAUCAUUCCAGACCCUUCAGGCAAGCUGAAGUAUUUUGAUAAACUGAACUGAUCAUCCUUUCCGUCGUCCCAGUCUGUGAAAUCUACCUCUCACAGAACGUACAAAUAAAAGUGUGUUUUCCUAAAAUGCUG